AUGGGUUUAGAGCCCUACGUCUAUCAGUCAUUGGCUAUGAGCAAAGCCUCAUCACUGGACUGGCCAGUGAUUGCAAGCAUAAACCUCCAGGCAGAGGUUUCCUUCAGCCAAGGGCAUUCAUCCAGAGAAGGGUGUUGCUAUACUCAGCGUGUGGUUGGAAAUGGGAUCAAAGCCCAGUCUGGAAAUCCUGAAGUCAAAGUCAGAGGAGCUGAUCCUGUGAUAAAUCAGAUUAUUGAUAAACUGAAGCAUGUUAUUCAGUUGUUGCAGGGUAGGUCACCCAAACCCGACAAGUGGGAACUUCAGAUGGGCAGUGGUGGCGGCAUGCUGGAACAGGUCAGCGGAGACUGUGAUGAUGAAGAUGGUUGUGGGGGAUCAGGAAGUGGAGAAGUCAAGAGGACGCUAAAAAUCACAGACUGUAAGUGUAUGAUUCUAACACCACUGCUAAAGAAUUGCUUUUGA